CUCUCCCCCUCUCUUUCUCUGUCUCUCUCUCUCUCUCUAUCUCUCUCUCUCUCUCGCUCGCCCCUUCUCUCUCUCUCUGCUUGGGCUCUGAGGGAUCGGGAUUUUCUCACCAAAAGUACACAGACCUCAGAGCCACGGGCAGUCACUCAACGAAAGGACUUGGCUUGGAUUACUACCAAAACGCGCCGACGCUCCGUUGAAGUUUUUAGCUCAACCAGGCUAUAGCCUAAUAAGUCUCACCGGGGGAAAUGGAGCACACAGUUUGUAGUUUAUUGUAACCAUCAUCCUAAAUAAGUAAGGGUUUCGUUUUUGCUUUCAUGGUGAACCGGUCUAUCAGGAUGAACUUACAGUGGAGCAGCCCGGUACCUUGCAUCCGUACCGGGAGAGUCGCGCACAAGCGGCUGGACUCAGACGAUCAGCCGCCGGCCAAAUGUGCCAGGCUUAGCGCCGAGGCGGGGGAUACACAGGGACUCCUCGGCACAUCUCCCGGGUCCCCGGUCAGCCCUCUCUCAAACCCUGUCCCGGCGACACACCAGGGACCAUCCAGGAUAGGACCGUUUCUGCUUCUACCUCUGGCGGACCGGGAGAGCAUGCACAGCGCGAUGAACACCGACACUGGCGAUGAGCUACUGUGCAAGGUCUUUGACAUGGGGAUGUAUCAGGAAAAGAUCAGAGCCUAUGGGAUCCUUCCAGCACAAAAGAAUGUGGCCGGUAUCAGGGACAUCAUCAUUGGUGAACGCAAGGCCUACGUGUUCCUGGACAAGGACUUUGGGGACAUGCACACUUUGGUGAAGAGUUGUCGCAGGCUGGACGAGGAGCAGGCCUGCAGACUCUUCCGUCAGGUGGCACUGGCUGUGGCACACUGCCACCAGGCAGGCAUCGUGCUGGGUGACCUCAAACUGCGCAAGUUUGUCUUUGCUGAUGAGAAGAGGACACAAGUAAGACUAGAAAGCCUUGAGGACUGUCGCGUCUUAGAAGACCCAAACGAUGACUCCAUGUCAGACACCCACGGCUGUCCUGCUUACGUCAGCCCAGAGAUCCUCAGCGGCUCGGCACCUUACUCCGGCAAGAUGGCCGACAUGUGGAGCCUGGGGGUCAUGCUGUACACCAUGCUGGUUGGUCGUUACCCCUUCCACGACCCGGACCCGGCCACACUGUUUUCCAAAAUCCGCAGAGGCCAGUGCUGUUUGCCAGAGGGCUUGUCGCCCAAGGCCAAGUGUCUACUCCAGAGCCUGCUGAGGAAAGAACCCUGCGAGAGACUCACGGCAACUGAGCUGCUCGCUCACCCGUGGUUCCACCAGCCGCCGUCGUCGCAAGAAGUGGUGCUGGGUGAACAGGAAGUGAGCUCGGCGGAACAGAUGGUGCCGUCCUUUGACGUGGAAGAGGAUGAUGAUCUGUUCUGCUGACAGACUCUAUUGAGCUGGCUGAGGGACCAAUACAAAAAGGCAUAUUGCUAUGAGGGAUUCAUUGUUGUUUUUUUUACAUUUGGCACUUUUUAGAAACCAUUUGUGUACUGUUGUGUGUACAUACACCCUCAAGCUUUCUACAAAAACUUAGUGUACUGUAUUUUGUUGUCGUAUAUAUGUUACUUGCUAAGGGCAUUUUUUCACAAUGAUCAUUCGUUGUGUUUCUAUAUGUGCGUUUUUGAAAAUUUUUGGUGCUAAAACAAAUAACAAAGAGUCACAAUUUGCCAGAUUAUGUUAACAAAAUAAUCUCUGCGGGCUACUAUGAGUGUAUCACAGGAAACUAAUCCAUGGCACAACAGUAGUCACCAAUACUUACUGUCAGCCUGGACUCACAAGGCGUCAGAAAGCAUUAGAUGAAGGCUGGGGAGGAGACGAAGAGACCAGGAUAUUGUUCCUCUCACUCUCUGACCAGGCUGGAGGCACCACCGGCUGACUCACCGACUGGCUCGAGGAAGGCCUAGCACAAGCUUGAUGUCUCGCAGCAGGCAGUGACAUAGAGUGAGAAAGAUGGUUAGCAGAGGACUGAUGUGUCACACUCAGCGGGACGCUUUGGCAGUGAGGUGUCUCACUGCCAAUCUGGCAACGUCUCAGCAAGUGGAGAGCAUUUACAAAUCUCAUGCCACGCGCAGAAGGUUGAGAAAAAGGCAGGGUGUUACUGGAGGAAGGCUUGCAGAAAAGUGGGAAGACUUUGUCACACACAUACUCAACAAUAAGCAAUGACAUUAGGCUCAUACCAGUCUCUGUAAAUGGCUAACAGAGAAAGGUACAGCCAAGUCAUUUUCUCAUAUUUAAUGAUGAAAACUAAAACAUGUAUCUUAUAUAGAAAAAUCAUGCUCAAAGCUGAAUAUUGAAUAUCAUAUAAAGUUUCCAUCCAAACAGGAAGUGUCUAUUAUCAGGGUCUGACCUAGCAAAUUAGACAGAGAUUCUGCCUGUGUGCACUAACACUAACGCUUGUAGUUUGAAAUAAGAUUCUGGGAGCAACCGUGGGUCUAAUGACUUGAUCACAUGCCUCUGCAGCAGCAGAGAUGGUGUGAUGAUUCUUACGCCUGAAGGGAUGCAACAGUAGGAUUUCAGUGGAAAAAGUAAAAAAUAAACUCAAGAACUCAAAUGGCACUCAUGCAAAAUGAAUUUUCUCUCAAUUCAACGUUUUUUAUUUUAUUUUAGAAGACUUUCUCAGCUGAGCAGUGAAGCCCGUUUUGUUCAUUUCUGUUGGAACAGUAUGUUAAGCUGUGUUGCUUUAAUAAAGCCGAGCUGUGCUGAGUGUUGUGCCCGUAUCACUGUGUUUCAUAAACUGAAUGGCUCUAAAUCAGUCACAGUCAGGCGCUAUUUGAUGUUGGUGGUCUGAUGAUGACUCAACACUAGAGCGUGUCUGCAGAGAAUGGUCCUGACCUUGGCUGGUAGAAUCUGUUCUGACUGUUUCACCCCUGUAAUGGCACAUUUUUUCCCUUCCUUUUUUUGUUUUUUAGCCGUUGAAAGCUGUGGAUCUAACGUAUGGAGAGUAGUCAUCAUAGUUAGUAACAUGAUGUACCAUAUUCUAAAAGGUGUUUUUAUUUUUGAAUGAGACAGACGGAUGCAGUGUUUCAGUGACGUUGACCCUUACAGGCUACUGUAGGUCUGCAGCCAGCUGUUUCCUUCUGGCACAGUCAUUUUGACAAUGGUACUAAAUCUGGCAAAUCUGAGAAGCGCUGUGCAUUUCAUUUUGGGUCACAGAGUAAUAAAACAUCUUUUGCAGUACUUUAAUUAUUUUCCUUCAUCUGUGUGAGAUACCAGAUGGGAACAGACUUGUGACAAUCUAAAUUGUUUCUCACAGAAAAGUAAUUUAAGAGAUUUAUGAUUUUGUUCCUGGUUCAUACAUGUAGAGUGAGUCACACAUUUCAUGUGACAUGUAGAGUAAACUGACACGGGUGCACAAACUUCAUAUUGCACUGUGAAUUAUGUAUUUGUGACACAACCUAGAGGCUACGAGGUCCAGAUAGGUUACACACGAGAUAUAUUCAUUGUAAAAAAGAGAAAGAAAAAAAAAAGAUGUAAAUAUGUAUAUUUGAAAUAUGUGUGGAGAUGUUGAAUAAAGAUCACAUUUUUUCA